AUGAAUUCAGAAAAUGAAUCAGAGCUCUCCGUGUCGUACAAUCAAGACGGCGCGUGUUUCGCGUGCGCGCGUUCGAACGCACGGGAGGGUGGAUUCACGGUAUACAACGUGUCACCGUUUCGGGAGACGUUCGGACGCCGAUUUCGCGACGGCGGCGUCGGCACGACUGAGAUGUUGUUUCGGUGCAACAUCUUGGCGCUCGUCGGCGGAGGGAGAGAACCAAAGUUCUCGCCGAAUAAAGUGAUGAUAUGGGACGAUCAUCAGGGGCGAUGCAUCGGGGAGUUGGUGUUUAAGGUUCCAGUGCGAGGGGUGCGGUUGAGGCGAGAUAAGGUUGUCGUCGCGUUGGCGCAUAAGAUUUUCGUGUACAAUUUUUCCGAUCUGCGGUUGGAGCAGCAGAUGGACACGGCGACUAACGAGAGUGGGUUGUGCGUGAUCUCUCCGACGACGGAGAGAACGGUGUUGGCGUGUCCGGGGUUGAACAAAGGGCAGGUUCGGGUGGAGCUGUUUGAUUUAGGGACGACCAAGUUUAUCGCCGCGCACGAAACCGCGCUGGCGUGUCUCGGUCUGAGCGCGGACGGCUCGCUCUUGGCCACGGCGUCGGAGAAAGGGACUUUGAUCAGGGUAUUUGACACGCACACCGCGUCUUUGCUCCACGAGUUCCGGCGCGGAAGCGAUCGCGCUCGGGUGUACUCGCUCGCGUUCUCUCCCAAGAAGAACUUGCUCGGCGCGACGAGCGACAAGGGCACGGUGCACGUCUUCAAGAUCCCCGACCGACCGUCGGCGUCCUCAACGUCCGCCACCGCAUCACCCGCACCGGCAUCGAGACCGAACGGCACCGCAUCGCCCGCCACCGACUUCGCCAAAAGAUUCCUUCCCAAGUACUUCACCGCGGAGACGCGUUCGCGGGCGCAGUAUCGCUUACCCUCCGCCGCCCGCUCCUUGGUCACCUUCCCCGCCGCCGAUCCCGACACCUGCGUCGUCGUCAGUGAUUCCGGCGAGUACUCUAGGCUCGUCUUCGACCUCGACCGGGGCGGCGAGAUGUCCCUCGUCGAGCGUCACGAUUUCUCCGCCGCCGCGCCGGCGCGCGCGUGA